CCGUAACCGCGCAUCCUCCUCCUCUUCCACCUCUCCCCACCCUCCCUCUCCGCUCCUCCGCCUCCGCCUCCGCCUCCGCGUGCUCCCGUAACCGCGCCGCCGCAGCCUCCGCCUCCGCGCGGUUCCUCCCGCAAGCGGCUUCUCCGCCGCGCGCGUCCGUUUCUCUCCCGAUCCCCGCCGCCCGGGGGGGUGCCGUGCACUCGUCGCCGUCGCUGGGCGCCUGCCGUGUCGGCGGCGGCCGGUGGGCGAGAUUUUGUCGCCGCGCGCGGGGCGGGGGCACGGUUGGUUUUGAGGCGAGAUUGAUUGCCAGGUUCACAAUGAAUACAGAAGGCCUGGAUUCUUGUGUAUAGGUUCUCUCUUCUGAGAGACAUCACUGAAAAUUCUCACAGAAUGUUGGAGGGUCAAUCUUGCUUGAUCUCAAGGUCUUUGCCAAGCUCCUGUGAUCAAGAAUCCAGAUUAGCAUACAUGACCUACCACCUCCUUGAGAUAACGAGGAGUAAGCGCAUAUCAAGUACUCCGAGGAUUGAACCUGAUAGUGUUGCUGCAGUAGCAGUACUGACCAAACGACCUAAAUCUGCCAGGAACCAUGAGUGUGAGCAGCUGGAUUGUCAAGGCAGCAAUGAUCAGGGUUUUUCGGAUUCAAGUACCCUAAUAAGUUCUAUCGGUCGAGAUAACUCAAUCAGUUGCCUCGCCCGUUGCUCUCGUUCAGAUUAUGGCUCCAUUGCAUCAGUCAAUCGGAACUUCCACUCACUUGUCCGCAGUGGGGAGCUUUACAAGGAACGGCGUCAGUUGGGGAUUGCAGAACAUUGGGUCUAUUUCUCCUGCAACGUGCAGGAGUGGGAAGCUUAUGACCCUUACCGUUCACGGUGGAUGACACUCCCAAAGAUGCCACACAAUGAGUGUUUCAUGUGCUCAGACAAGGAGUCACUUGCAGUGGGCACCGAACUCCUGGUUUUUGGCAAGGAGAUUCUUUCCCACAUUGUUCUGAGUUACAGUAUUCUGACAAACUCGUGGUCGCCUGGUGUUGAUAUGAAUGCCCCUAGAUGCUUGUUUGGAUCAGCUAGCUUUGGAGAGAAAGCAAUUGUAGCUGGUGGCAUGGAUGCUCAAGGUCGGGUGCUACGCUCUGCUGAGCUGUACAACUCUGAAACUAAGAGAUGGAUAACACUCCCAUGCAUGAACAAGGCUAGGCGAAUGUGUUCUGGAGUCUUUAUGAACGGCAAAUUUUACGUAAUUGGGGGAAUGGCCAGUAACACGGAGGUGCUGACCUGCGGAGAAGAGUAUGAUUUGGAGAAAGGUACCUGGAGGGUGAUAGAGAACAUGUCUGAGGGGCUCAACGGUGCAAGUGGUGCACCUCCCCUUGUUGCUGUUGUUGAAAAUGAGUUAUAUGCUGCACAAUAUGCAGGAAAGCUAGUAAGGAAAUAUAACAUAAAGGAUAACACAUGGACAACACUGGGAGAGUUACCAGAGCGGCCAGAAGCUGUGAAUGGCUGGGGUAUUGCAUUCCGAGGAUGUGGAGAGCGGCUCUUGGUGAUUGGUGGACCAAGAGUGAUGGGAGGGGGGAUGAUUGAGCUCCAUUCAUGGAUCCCGAGGGAGGGGCCGUUGCGGUGGAACAUGAUCGGGAGCAAGCCUUCUGGUAACUUUGUUUAUAACUGUGCUGUCAUGGGGUGCUGAUUUGUGCCACCCUCUUGCCGAACAUACUGUGAACAUGAAAGAUUGUGAUAUUGGUUUCCUCAAAUGUCAUAAAGCACCGAUUCGCCUGAUGGGUAAUCUCUGCCUUUCUUUUUGACAUUUCAGAUUUUACACGUGGUUCAAUAGAGUAGUUGUUUCAGUGCAUGCGUCACUGGUCACCCUUAGGUAAAUUUUCCACAUUCGAUUUGCAGCUGGGAAUUUGUACCUUGUUCUACCCUCUAUCGGAACAAGUUCCCGAUGGAUGCAUUUAGUCGACAAACUGUAAUUGAGGCACCAUUGCAUCUGUACAAUUGUAUGAGGUUCUGAUUUGGUGCCUGUCGAUCCCAUUACUCUUUUGUGCAAAUGUUUCUUGACAGGAAGAACAUGAAUUAUAAUGUUCCUCUGUUCACUUUA